AAACUCAUUGAUUUUACUUUCAUAUAAUUUCGUGCACAGGCAUUUCCACUAUGGAUGAUAGUAGAGGAGAGAUUGAGAACCAUCAAGAAUUCAGAACUCCCAAGACAAAGGAGGAUACAUCUAUUGAAGUUAAGGUUUUAUUUUUUGCAAGAGCUCGAGAUAUAACUGGCUUAACAGAUAUGUCACUGAAAUUACCAUCAGGCAGCACUGCCAAUGACUGUUUAGAUAAUGUCUUGGCUAAAUUUCCAAGCUUGGAAGAGAUCCGUGGUUGUAUGGUAUUGGCUCUGAAUGAGGAAUACACUCCAGGGUCCUCAUUGGUUCGUAAUAAAGAUGAAGUGGCCAUCAUUCCUCCAAUAAGUGGAGGUUAAUGUGAUGAAAAUAAGGCUUCAUUUGGAAAUAAAAGAAAAA